AUGCGAUUUCGGCGCCUGACCCCUGGCUACUUCCGAGUGCUACAGAUGCAGAUAGCCGGGGAGCUGAAGGCAGAGCCCCAGAGUUCACUGGCUGGGGUUGUGGCUGCACUGCUGGCUGUCCUCGGGCUGGGCGGCUCCUGCUAUGCUGUCUGGAAGAUGGUGGCGCAGCGGCGGCCGCCACAGGCUCCAUGAUGAAGCGGGCGGCCUCUCACCUGGGUCCUGGGGGGGUAGGUGACUCAGCAGAG